AUGGCAUCCAAAGCGACGAGUCCCAAACGAAGCAUCGCCCAUUGCGAUCUGCUGCCAGACCUCCUACAGCAACUCCUUGAAAGUGAUCACAACACCCAUCUCGUUGUAUGUGCCACCAAGUCCGAGUUUCUAGUGCAACUUGCAGCGGCGAUUCGCAAGCAACGAGCCGAUCCUGAAGCCGCGACAAGCCAUGAUCUGCUCACAAAAACCAUCGGGCUUCUUGCAAGAUCCAGCAACAUCACAGUCGCGUUUUGUUCGACACUCGAGAGCUUCCGGGCGCAUAUUGCGGUUUUCAAGCCCACCGCAGACGAACCCGGCUCGCAACGCCGGCAGCUACUUUCGAUCCUUGAUAUGGUAGCGCUGCAUACCACAACAACGGAAUUCUCAGCGCAAGGGCUCUCGAGAACCCUGGCUUCUGUUGUUGAGACUGCCUACAAAGCGGGAAUUGACCUGAGACUCGAUGAGUGCGAAAAUGCCCUGGACUCUUCCAAUCCUCUCUGGGGAAGAAGGAUAUGGGAUACGAACGUCCCCUUACUAAAUGGGUCGGUCCGAAUGGGAGGCGAUGAAACCAACUGGGGCGCGCGAGGCAUCCCCGUGAGACGUAUUGCUGAGCGCUGGUUUGAAUUCCACCCAAACGGUCCCACUGGGUGA